UAUAUACAUAUAUAACAUUGUGUUAAUUCUUAUAUAGGUAUAAGAAUGCAGACGAAUAGCGGAUGAAAACUUAUACCUGUUAUCAGAAGAAAUAUGCCUGCAGAUAAGGUUUAUGCAAUCCUUGAGGUUAAGAUAUCUAAGAUUAAUGUAACAUUGUAUUGAUUAGAUGAAUAUUCGUCAAGAGUUUACGAAACGAUUCUGAUGAAAACAGAAGCUUUCCUCAACAAAAGAAAAGGAAUUAAACGACAUGAGCAUCUAUAAAGAAUGUAGUAAUUCUUUAUCGAAGGCUAUGACUGAAAAUCAAAGACUUGAUGAUAUGGACAAUAAACAUGGAAAAGAAACAAAGAAAGAUCAGGACGAAAAAGAAAAUGUAACUCCACAAUCUAUAGAUCUUGAUUACAUAUUGGCAAAUGAGUUAGGUCAGUUUGGCUGGUUCCAGCUAAGGAAUGUCCUCUUGCUUUCUCUAUUAAGUUUACUCGGCGGAACAAUGGGCGAGUUUAUAUUCUCAACAGCAGCUACACCCCACAGAUGUCGCAUUCCAGAAUGCAGUGAGGGUGAAAAGUUGCAUGAAUUUAAUCCUGAAUGGAUUAAAAAUGCGAUUCCAGAGACUAGUUCCGGCUUUGCGAGUUGCGAAAGGUAUGCCCCUGUGGGAACUAAUGGGAGCUUGGACUACUGCCCUGCCAACCUGUUCGAUCAGUCCAACACUGUAGCUUGUGAUGGUUUCAUAUAUGCGAAAAAUAAUACAGUUGUGUAUGAAUUUGACCUUGGAUGUAACGAGUGGUUGCGAGCCUUUGCGGGAACUAUACAAAGUAUAGGGAGUCUUCUCGCAUUAGCGAUCACUGGAUUUAUCUCGGAUCGCUUCGGGCGGAGGAUAGCUUUGGUCAUCAGUAUCGUCAGUCUGGGUUUGUUCGGUUUCAUUCGUGCAUUCUCUGUUAGCUACACCAUGUAUCUGAUACUACAGUUAGUGCAAGCAACUUUCGGGGCCGGAGCAUUUAGUUCCGCGUUUAUUCUCGGUACGGAGCUCGUUGGCCCAAAGUAUCGUGUUAUCACAGGUGUGACUAUUACUUCAAUGUUCACACUAGGAGAGGUAGUAUUGGGUGGUAUCGCUUGGCUGAUCUCACCGUGGCGAUACGUGAUCAUGGUCACUACUAUCCCAUGCUUCUUCUUUGUCUUGUAUUACUGGAUUAUCACAGAAAGUGUGAGAUGGUUACUAUCGAUAAAAAAGUCAACAGAGGCUAAAAAAAUAUUACAUACUAUUGCGAGAGUAAACAAAACACAAAUCAGUGAAAAGUCUCUAGAAGUAAUUCUUAACCCAUCACAACUCACGAUUACAGAAUCUAAUGCUAACAGUAUUGGAUUAGUUCGCAGUAUAAUACAUUCUCCAAUUCUGCUAAGAAGAAUUUGCACGACGCCAUUAUGGUGGAUGACAAUGACGUUUGUCUACUACGGCCUGUCCAUCAACUCCAUCUCUCUCUCCGACACCAUGCAUUUGAAUUAUAUGUUGACAUCUUUUGUCAGUAUUCCUGGUUUUUACUCAUCUGCGUUCCUCUCGAAUACAAUUGGCAGAAAAUUUACUGUUGCAGUUGGUUUCUUUAUAAGCGCUGCUUGCAAUAUCAGUUUUGUCUUCAUACCCAGAGGCUUUGCCAUCCCACGCCUUAUAGUGUAUCUUCUUGGAAAGUUCUUCAUCUCGUCCGUCGCGUCUACGCUAUAUAUCUACACAUCGGAACUAUAUCCGACAGAGUACCGACAUACUUUACUUGGCUUCUCUUCCAUGAUUGGUCGUAUUGGAUCCAUGUUUGCUCCUCUUACUCCAGCACUUAUGAUCUAUUAUGACGGUCUUCCAUCGUUGCUGUUCGGAGGUAUGGGGGUAUUUGCCGGUCUGCUGGUGCUCACGCAGCCGGAGACCCUGGGCUGCAACAUGCCCGACACCCUGGCUGAGGCGGAAGCCAUCGGGAAACCAGAGUCCAAAAUAACAGCUGGUUGAUAAUGGUGUAAAUAUU